AUGAAGUUGAUAGCCAAGCAGAUCAACUUAGAUAGAUGUGAAGGAAUCAUCUGUCAGUAUCACAUCAUGAUGGUUCCAAGAAGGCUCUACACUUGUGAGAAAAUUCUAGAAGAAGAAGGUGUCUUUGGUUACAUCGUCGUUGAUGAGUUGCCGAUCAAUCUUAUUGCCAUCGAAAAUGAUAUUUUGUCGUUGGAGGCCAAUGAUUUUUUUGCCAAUUUUUAUCUGCAUAGAGACCAGACGUCUCUGUACGACGUUUCACUAUCUUUGGUCGACAUUCAAAAACUCUACGGACGGAUUGCUAAUGUUCUUCUACUCGGGGAAUGUGCACAAGUAGUUAUUAUUUUUAUUAUGUUAUUAUUAUUGCGCUCUACCAUUACAACAUCAUUUCGCGGCCCGAAGAUAACUUUUAUUAUAAGGAUUAUAAUUAUGUGCGAUUGCAUCACGCCUCUCUGCUCGCAAGUCACGUACGAAGGACUGCUCGAUGACACGUUCGCCGUCAAGUGUGGUUACGUUCAGUUAGGGCCCGAAAUAACCAAUCAGCAGAAGAUGACUAAGGUGUUGCUAAGCAACGAAGAUAAGAUAUACAGUGAGAUAAGGGAUAGGCAUUUCUCAAAUGUUUCAAGUUUCCUGAGUGCGAAAGCCAAAGAGUUGCAGCAGGGAUACGAUAAAAGAAUGGAUCUAGAUAUAUCAGGCAUGAAAGAUUUUGUUCAGAAGGAUUUAAAAAAUCUCAAAAGCCAACACAACUCCCUGUCGAUACACGUCGGGGCCAGUGAGCGCAUGUCCCAGAUGAAGACGAAAGGAGAGAUAGACCUGUUACUUAAAGUGGAGCACAGUUUGCUGGAAGGCGUAGAUAUAAAGGAGUCCAUACAGUUCAUAGAAGAGCUUAUAAGCAGACAGGUCAAUAAUAAUAAUAUCUAUAAUAGCAAUAAUAAUGCUAGCUACUCGUACGUCACGUGUGUUCUCCUCAAUGAAUUUUGA